GUGUUGAUACAGUUCAUCGACUAUUUGUAAGUCCCCAUUCUGGUAGAACAACCGCCAAACGUUUUAAGGGUUACAUCGACGCCAAAGUGCCCCGAAAGGAAAACAGUAAAAUGAAGGACAACUCCGACGCCCAUUUUUACAAUGCCAGAGUUAAGUAUGUCAUGCAGAUGAGUGCCAUUUACGAGGAACAGUGUGCCAUCUUCUCAGUUGACAACAAAAACAAAGUGAAAAUUGGAGAGGAUGUGCUUGCAGGUGAUCGACGCACUAAGAUACGCCGUUUUUACCCAACGAAUGAUCGACCAAUUUAUAGCGAUCACGACUUCCCGGCUCGAGCUGGUAACUUAAUUACCCCAAGUGGAUAUAUGUUGCUCAGAAUACCAAACCCCCCUGAACUUACAGCUGACGAGUAUGGCCGCAUUGAAUACCAUGUUCACCGUAGUGGACCGGUCGCCAUUGUCAACAGAGGCCCAUUGACUAAAUGUACCGCUGCAUCACACACCAAUGACCUUUUGCCGCUGGUGAAGGCCGAAAUUCAACGGGGGAAGACUGUAGUGUCCAUAAUCGGCGAUGGUGGUAGUGACUUCAACACCG